UUGCCGCGAAGGAGACACGUGACCGCGUCGCGGAGCGAGCCAGUCCGGGUCCCGACUUUCUUCGUUACCGGUGCGAAAAAUGGCGGCGUCCGUGUGUCGAGUUGGGAGCACCGUGGGGCGAGCCCUCGCCAAAUCCCGCAGCCCCAUCCUGCUGUCUCUGCGGCGCGGCCAGGCCUCGGUGAGUUAUGCACAGAGCCUGCUGGGAGCCCCAGAGACCCAUCUGACCGGCCUGGACAACGGUUUAAGGGUUGCAUCUGAAGAUACUGGACAUGCCACCUGCACAGUCGGCCUGUGGAUCGGCGCUGGCAGUCGCUAUGAGAGUGAGAAGAACAACGGAGCUGGGUUUUUCCUGGAGCACAUGGCUUUCAAGGGAACCAAGAACCAUCCCCAAACCGCCCUGGAGAAGGAGGUGGAGUCUAUGGGUGCUCACCUGAGUGCCUACACCUCCCGGGAGCAUACUGCAUAUUACAUGAAGACCCUUUCCAAAGAUCUCCCAAAAGCCGUGGAGCUGCUGUCGGAGGUGGUGCAGAGCUGCUCCCUGAACGAGGCAGAGAUCGAGCAGCAGAGGGGCGUGGUGCUGCGGGAGCUGGAGGAGAUCGAGGGCAAUCUGCAGGAAGUGUGUCUGGACCUGCUGCACGCCACCGCCUUCCAGGGGACUCCUCUGGGCCAGAGCGUGCUGGGCCCGUCCAGCAGCGCCAGGAACCUGAGCCGCCAGGACUUGGUUGAAUACAUCAACAGCCACUACAAAGCCCCUCGCAUGGUGCUGGUUGCAGCUGGGGGUGUGAACCACGACGAGCUGGUCGGCCUGGCCAAGUCUCAUUUUAGCGGAGUGUCUUUUGAGUACGAGGGAGAUGCCGUCCCUGUGUUGUCCCCCUGCCGGUUUACUGGUAGUGAGAUCCGUAUGCGUGACGACGGCCUGCCCCUGGCACACAUUGCCAUCGCGGUGGAGGGAGCCAGCGCCGCCAGCCCGGACAUCGUUCCCCUCAUGGUGGCCAACGCCAUCAUCGGCAGCUACGACCUCACCUACGGCGGUGGGAAGCACCUGAGCAGCCGUCUGGCUCGCCUGGCGGUGGAGGAGAACCUGUGUCACAGCUUCCAGGCCUUUCACUCGUCCUACAGCGACACCGGCCUGCUGGGCAUCUACUUCGUGAGCGACAGGAACAACAUCGACGACAUGAUGCACUGGUCGCAGAACGCCUGGAUGAACUUGUGCACCACCGUCACGGAGAGCGACAUCGCCCGAGGCCAGAACGCUCUGAAGGCCAGCCUGGUCGGACAGCUCAACGGAACAACACCAAUCUGUGACGACAUCGGCAGACACGUCCUGAACUACGGGCGACGCAUCCCCCUCGCAGAGUGGAACGCUCGCAUAGAUGCCGUGACCCCCAGGAUGGUCCGUGACGUCUGCUCCAAAUACAUCUACGAUAAGUGUCCUGCUGUGGCAGCAGUGGGCCCCGUGGAGCAGCUGCCCGACUACAACAGAAUGCGCAGCGCCAUGUACUGGCUCCGGUUUUGAGUUGUCGCGUUCCUCGCCAUCGCCUCAGCUCAUUUUCCUUCUUACUGAGUGAAUACCUGAGGAUUGUGCACAUGUUAAUACGACAUCACAGGCAGCCAUCCAUCUCCUCCUCUGCCUGUUUCCCUCUUCCAUCCCGCCCACUCAUUACUAAGGUACCGCGUUAAUGUGAGGGGAGCAGCCAGCUCCAGUCUUGAAAGUAGUUUGGUCCCGUAUGGAUCGUACCGUGCAGGUAACCUUCACCAUCACUGUCUUGUAAAGAGGGGAGCUCAGCGAGGGCUAAAUUAUACCCAAUAGUCAUCAGCGUGGCACAGUGCAGCCACGGCUGAAUGUAUCCAGUCUGGAGGAAGAGUAUAUUUAUAAAUUCUGUAACAUUUGUUUCUGUCCACUGUUGUACAUAACAGGUGUCAUUCUGACUCAAAUAAAAAAAUAGAAAAAGA